CCAUGUUUAUUGUCGAUCAACAGACACCUGUGAGCAUACAAGCUACGUUCCUGUGAGCAUCGCCCUCUUAUCGUCAAACGGUGAUUCUGUGUUCAUUCAUCAGAAAACAUUAAUGUAAUCGAUUUUUGAAAAAUAAGUUUGUUUAAUAAAUUACUUUUUAGAACUUUAAGAAUAUUGAAAAAGUUCUUUGUCUUAGCGAACUUAACGAAGUUAGUUUUGAAAUAAAGUGAAAAAUAUUCAACUGCCGUUUAAGUAUUGUUUGGUGAAUCAUGGUGAAAAUUAUACUAAUUCUUACUGUUGCAAUAAUACAGUUAGCAACAUGUCAACGUUCACCAACAAUUUCUUAUAUUUCACAAGAACAAAUUAAGGAUAUUGGUGGAACUGUUGAAUUACUUUGCUCAGUGCAAUACGGUCAAGAAUAUCCAGUAUUAUGGAUGAAAACAAAUAAAGAGAGUGGAUAUGAUCCAUUACCACUUUCUACAAAUAGUGCCUUAAUUGUAAAAGAUAGUAGGUUUGCUCUUAGAUAUGAUCAAGCAUCUUCUACGUAUACUUUACAGAUAAAGGACAUACAAGAAACAGAUGCAGGAUUUUAUUCAUGCCAAGUUUUGAUUGCUAUUAAUAAUCGAUUAUCUGCAGAAGUAGAAUUGAAAGUACGAAGACCACCUAUUAUUAGUGACAAUUCUACUCGGUCUAUUGUCGUUAGCGAAGGACAAUCGGAAGUAAAAUUAAAAUGUCAUGCAGGAGGAUUUCCAGAACCAAGAAUUUCAUGGCGUAGAGAAAACAAUGCUAUUUUACCAACGGGUGGAUCAAUUUAUCGUGGAAAUGUACUCAAAAUAAAUAACAUUCGCAAGGAAGAUCGGGGAACAUAUUAUUGUAUUGCUGAAAAUGGUGUAGGACGUGGCGCAAGACGUAAUAUUAAUGUUGAAGUUGAAUUUGCUCCUGUAAUAACAGCACCUAGACCACGUUUAGGUCAAGCUUUACAGUAUGACAUGGAUUUAGAAUGUCACGUAGAAGCUUAUCCUCCACCUGCAAUAGUUUGGUUAAAAGAUGGCACCAUAUUGGUAAACAAUCAGCAUCAGAGUAUAUCUCAUUUUGCAACUGCAGAUGAAUAUAGUGAUACUACAAUUCGAAUAAUAACAAUAGAAAAGAAACAAUAUGGAGAAUACACAUGUCGUGCUUCUAACAAGUUAGGAACUGCAGAAACUAAAGUUGAGCUUUUUGAAACCUUUACCCCAGUUUGUCCACCAGCUUGUGCUCAAGUGCAUUUUGGAACUGGUGCGACUCCAGUUUCUUCAGGACCCUUGAUAGUCCUUAUUUUAGUUAUUACCAUACUGAUGAGAAAUUUCUAUGCCAAAUAUUAACUACCCAGGACUUCAGUGGGCAACUGCAAAUCAAUGUUCAUUAUCAAAGUGGCUACUUGCAGCAGUUAGUAUUACUAUUUUGGAUAGAUUUUAAGAAACUUAAUAUAAUCCCGGGGGCCUGAUAUUCGACAUUUUUACUUAGAUAAUAUAUUAGAUACAUUUAGAUACUUACUAUUGAAAUAUCGAGACGAAUUAUUAUAUAAAUGACACGAAGCCUAAUACAUAUAUACAUGUGCAUGCCCUCUUAUUUGUGUAUGCAGAGAAUAUACACAAGUUGAGUUCUGUAUACACAAUGUUAAGAGAAGUACAAUACGUUGGUAAUAUGAAUGUUGGUAGUACAAAUUAACAUUCCAGAGCAAAAGUUUAUAAUAAUGUCACGGUAGUGGUACAUAUAAUUAAUAAAGUUUUGUAGGA